AUGCAGCCCCUUCCCCCCGCGACGUUUCCCCGCACCGUCGGGAGUCCGCACCCGCAGGUGCCCCCAGGCCCAGGCCACCUUCUGGCCCCAAGGGUCAGUCGCUUCGGGGAGACCCCUGCCUCGCACGGCAAGAUUAAGAAAAGGGCCCGCGAGCGUUUCCCCACAGAGAGCCUCCGGACCCCCAGGGAACUCCCUCAACUUUCAAGGAGGCGACGUCCACCACCGCCCCCCAGCCCCAGACGCGACGUGCGCCCCGGGAGGCUCCGAGCGCCGAGCCCGCGUCGCCGCGCCUCCCUCAGCCGGCCCGCGACGCCCCUCAGCCCGCGGGCCCGCCCUCGGGGCACCCCGCCCCCACCUCAACAGGAGGCGCCGACCCCGACGCGACCACUGCUCGCCGCCUCCCCGCACCCCACCCGGCUCGCCGCAGCGCGCCUCCGCCCCGGCCCCUUCCAGCGGGACGCGGCGCCACGCCGCCGUCCCGGGGGCCCCGCUGGCGCCCCUCCCGAGCGGCGCCGCCCCCCACCCCGGCGCCCCCCAGCCCUCACCCGGUCCUUUCACGGAGACGCAGCCCCCUCGAACCUCACCGACCCCACCGACCGAGCCCUGUCACCAGCGGCCCUCACCCGGUCUCCGGCGAAUGCAGGCGGGCGCACACACGCCGCAGCCAGGGCCCGCCACCCGCGCUCCGCGCCGCCCGGAGCCGCCUCCUUCAGCCCCGGACUCGCCGGGACAUCCGCGCACGGAUCCCCACACCGGGGCUAUUUUUAG